GAAGCAGAAGAAGAAGAAAGAAGAAAAGAAGAAGAAGAAAGAGAGAAGAAGGAAGAAGUAGAAGAAAAGAAGAAGAAAGAAGAAGAAAGGAAAAGAGAAGAAAGAAGAAGAAAGAAGAAAGAAGAAGAAGAAGAAGAAGGAAGAAGAAGGAAGAAGAAGGAAGAAGAAGGAAGAAGAAGGAAGAAGAAGGAAGAAGAAGGAAGAAGAAGAAAGAAGAAGAAGAAGAAGAAAGAAGAAGAAGAAGAAGACAUUCAGACAAGACAAGAUGCCCUUAUCUUCGCCAGGGCCAGGGACUUUUCUUUGGUUUGCUUCUACGGAUGCGAAGGCGGUGCCAGUGGAUCUUUCCUUGCGCAACGGAAUAACAUCGGUUCCAGUGGCUCUAUUACCGACCAAUGA